AUGAGGGCAGCCACUUUCGUCGCUGCAACAUGCGCAGGCGUAUUGUGUGCUUCAGCUAUUGGACACAAUCAAGCACCACUCCACAAUCCUUCAUCAGUCGAGGCAAAUGGGACAUCGCCUCUUCUUGCACUGCAUAAGAAUCUGGUAGAAAUAACAUCGACCUCGGGAUCAGAGCGGAAUGCGUCAGAUUUCUUGAAGGCUUAUCUCCAACGCCAUGGCUUUACCGUGGAGACUCAGGACGUGGAAGCCAACAGACAGAACGUCUAUGCCUACCUGGGUAGUUCGCGGAGCACACGAGUCCUGGUCACUUCUCACAUCGACACCGUGCCUCCGUACUGGCCGUAUGAGCGAAAGGGCGACGAGAUCUGGGGCCGCGGCUCAGUGGAUGCGAAGGGCAGUGUAGCAUCGCAGAUCAUCGCCGUGGAAGCGCUGAUUAAAGAUGACAAGAUUGCCGAGGGUGAUGUGGGCUUACUGUUUGUAGUAGGAGAAGAAGACAGCGGUAUCGGGAUGCAAACUGCCAACAAACUCGAGCUGUCGUGGGAGGCUGUCAUCUUUGGUGAGCCGACCGAGCUCAAACUUGCGAGUGGCCAUAAAGGCGGCAUUGGCUUUACGAUCAGAGCCAAGGGCAAGGCUGGCCAUUCAGGGUAUCCCGAUGAAGGCAGAAAUGCCAUUGAUUUGCUGGUUAACGGCCUUGCGGCCUUGCAGCAGCUCAGAUUGCCAAGCAGUAGGGAGUUCGGCGAGACUACUCUAAACGUCGGACGAAUCGAGGGGGGCGUAGCGGCCAAUGUCAUACCCGAAGACGCAUCUGCGACAGCAAUGGUCAGGAUAGCAGCUGGAACACCGGCAAGGAUUAUGGGCUUGAUCCAGCGUGCGGUUGCUGAGGUGUCCUAUGACCUGAGCGUUGAGUUCAAAGCUGGACGCUCCCCAAUCGCUAUAGACACCGACAUUGAUGGAUUCGAAACAAUCGUUGUGAGUUAUGGUACAGAUAUUGGUAACCUGCAAGGUGACCACAAGAGAUAUUUGUACGGUCCAGGGACGAUCUUGCUCGCUCAUUCCGACCACGAGCACAUCAAAAUCAAGGAUCUCGAAGAUGCAGUUGAGGGGUACAAGGCCCUAAUUACAAAGAAUCUAGAGCGAUCAGCGAAGCCGACCAACGUGUAA